AUGGCAACCGCAACCUUCAUCACCGCCAUAUUGAUCUGCUUGACCUCUCUGACAGUUGCUACCCCGCUUCUGUCCCGACAGACCGAUGCUACCGUCUCUCAGGCCUGUACUGAGCUUCAUCAACGCAAAGCAUGGCAUCAACUUAGCGCUGACGAGAAGGCGGCGUAUAUCGAAGCAGAACUCUGUUUGAUGAAUUUGCCACCAAAGACUGGACACCCACUAGCCCAGAACCGAUGGGAUGAAUUCACCAUCGCCCACGAGGUUCAAACCCAAUGGAUCCACGAUGUCGGUGGGUUCCUCCCUUGGCAUCGAUACCUCGUGCUGGCUCACGAGAAUAUUCUCCGCGACGAGUGCAAUUACGCGGGAUACCAACCAUAUUGGGAAGAAACUCUCGACAUGGGAAACCUGGCAUCCAGCAUCGUCUUUGACCCGGUCACAGGCUUCGGCGGUCAGGGUGGCCAGUGUCUCGACGACGGGCCAUUCGCAAAUCUGACGAUUCAUCUUAGCUACAAUUUCACCAGCCUAGAAUUUUAUGCUGACGAUCGCUGCGUAUCUCGCCACUUCAACGACACGUCCUUCCUCCUUGGCAACCAGACGAAUAUUGACAAGUGUUUUGCCAUGGAUGACGGCAUCGCCGCCCUCGACUGCUACUUCGGCAAUCCGCACACAAGCGGCCACGGCGGCGUCGGCGGGACGAUGGCCAAUGUCGCCGCUUCAAUCGGGGAUCCUCUUUUCUUCCUUCACCACACCAACCUCGACCGACUGUGGUGGGACUGGCAGCAGGUUGACCCGGAUACGAGAACAAAUGCCAUCGGACCUCUUCGAAAUCAGCCCACGGAAACCUUUCGGACGAGAUUUUCGUUGCCGGCACCCGGCCCAGAGUUUCUGGAUUAUUCAGGGGAUAACGGCGGGAACAUCACCACUUUAGGACAUGUGGUUUGGCUUGCGGGUCUUGAAUUGAAUGUCACGAUUUCGGAUGUGAUGGACCUGGGUAAUGACCUUAAUUGUGCUGUAUAUGUCUAG